CCAAAAAAACAACCUCUUCGUCUUCUUCCUCUUUUCUUUGAUUUUCGAAAAUCCUCGAUCCUAACCGCCAUUAAACCCUAGCUUGCUUUUUUUCUUUUUCUCGACUUCUCUCUUCUUCUUGCGAAAGCUGAAGAUUCACAUUCGCCUCUUCGCGCUGAUAUCUCUGUUGUUUUUUUUUCUUUUGGAUUUUGUUUUGGAUUUAGUUAGUUACACUCGAGAAUGAGGAAGGGAACGAAGAAGAAAGGAGGUUCGCGAGGAGGCCGUAAAGCUGGUUCCACUUCGUCGGCGAGUAAGAAGAACGUUGAUGCGGUGGUAGAGACCUCGACGCAGGAGACUCAGCCUACUCAGACCUCGACGCAGGAGACAGAGGAAACGGAAGCUCUGGAGCCUGAGAAGGAGGGAGAUAACAAAGAAGAGGCGAAAGAGGAUCAGCAGGAGGAAGCGGAAAAGGUUGAAUCUAAGCCUGCGGAGGAAGGGGAUAACGAAGAAGAGGCGAAAGAGGAUCAGCAGGAGGAAGCGGCGAAGGUUGAAUCUAAGCCUGCUGCGGAGGAGGGAGAUAACGAAGAAGAAGCGAAAGAGGAUCAGGAUGAGGAGAUAGAAGAAGCCAAACCUGAUUCCGCUACGCAAAAGGAGAAGGCGAAAGGUGCUUCUUCUUCCCAACCGCAACCGCUUCGUCGUGGUAAGCGUAAGAGAGGCUCAAAGAUGACACCGGAGAAGAAAACGACUCCGAAAGCCAAGCGAGCCAAAGCAACCAAGACGCAAGAAGAUGAGCCUGAGUACUUCAUGGAGAAGCGUAAUCUGGAGGAUUUAUGGAAGGCUGCAUUCCCAGUGGGAACGGAGUGGGACCAGAUGGAGUCACUAGAUGAAUUCAACUGGGAUUUUACAAAUCUCGAAGAAGCUCUGGAGGAAGGUGGAAAGCUCUAUGGGAAGAAAGUCUAUGUGUUCGGCUGCACUGAGUCUCAAUCACUCCCUUACAAAGAUGAAACCAAGGAUGUCCUUGUUCCUGCUGUCGUUUGUGUUGAAUCAUCUAUCCCCCCUUCUGAUCAGAUAGGAGUUGCAUCGGUUCAAGGGGAGGUUGGGGAAAUCAUUCCAAUGAAAACUAUGAAAAUGGCUUGGGUUCCGUACAUCCCACUUGAAAAAAGGGAUAGACAAGUUGAUAGAAUGAACUUUCAAAUUUACAUCUUGGGGUGUACUCAGAGAAGAUCUGCUCUCAAACAUUUGAAGGACGAUCGUGUUAAAAAAUUCAACUACUGCCUUCCUUACAUCGACAACCCAUAUAAGGUAGAUGAAUCUGAGCAAAGCACUGUGGUUCAAAUAAUGUUCCCUUCUGAGCCACCAGUUGCAUGUGAAUAUGACUGGGUGAAUAGCGAAAUUGAGGAAUUCACCGACAAUCUGAUCAAGGAGGAGACAUUACUCCCGGAACAAAAGGAUGAGUUCGAGGAAUUUGUCAAAGUGGAGAGUGACAAAGCUAAGACAGCUUAUGAAGAGGCACAGCAAGCGCGAGAGAAUGCAAAGGAAGGACUGAGCGCAGAAACCAAAAAAGCCUAUGAAGAAAUGAAGUUGUACAAGUUCUAUCCAUUGCCUUCACCAGACACACCGGACGUUGCAGGAAUUGAGAAGUCCCCACUCAUAAACAGGUACUUCGGGAAGGCUCACGAAGUCCUAUAAUCAUUUCUCCAAAACCUAGGAAGCUUUUUGUUUCGGCAAACAUU